AUGUCAACCAUCGCAGGAACCUGGACACUCGUCCACAAAGCUCAAUCUCUCCAACGUUCAUCCCAAACCCUCUCCACCCUCGGCAGUCGCGCGUUGAUCUUUGGAGGCGAGCUCCUUCCCCGCGAGCCCCGCGACGAUGAUAACGCUGGUGGUCUGCCUUCAGCUCGUGUAGGCACGGCUAGCACAGUUGUCAAUGGCAAAAUCUACUACUUCUCAGGUCGUGGUGGCGUAGAUAUGUCACCGGUCGAUGAACAAGGUAAUCUCUGGCAGUUCUGCUUCUCGGAUGCUGAUGGCGUGGGCUGGCAUGUUGUGUCCCCUGCCAACACCUCUGAGCCUGUUCCGGAGCCUAGAAGUUAUCAUUGUAUGACUUCUGAUGGAAACAGCACCCUAUAUGUACACGCAGGGUGUCCUACCUCUGGCCGACUUUCCGAUCUCUGGUCUUUCAAUGUUCAUGACAGGAUAUGGACGGAACUAACUUCGGCACCUGGUCCUUCAAGAGGCGGCACUUCAAUCACAUUCGCAGACGGAAAACUAUACCGCAUGGGAGGCUUCGACGGCAACCACGAACUGGGCGGAAAAAUCGACAUCUACGAUAUUGGUUUGAAUGCCUGGAGUACCCAUACCUUUACUCCUGAUGGCGAACAAGGACCAGGCUGCAGAAGCGUAGGCAGUCUUCUAGCCCUCAAAGUCCACGGUAGACCCUCCCUAGCCACAGCGUUUGGAGAAAGCGAUCCUAGCUCUUUAGGACAUGCUGGCGCUGGAAACAUGCUACCUGACACUUGGGCCUUCGAUAUCGAGACUAAGGAAUGGAGUAAGGUUGUGGUAGAGGAUGGCGGACAAGAGCCGCAAGCUAGAGGCUGGUUCGCUGCUGACAUUGCAACAUUUGAGGGCAAGGAAAGCAUCAUAGUACAAGGAGGUCUAGCAGGGGAUAAUCAGCGCUUGGACGAUGCUUGGGUACUGAGCUUUUAA